AAACAGUAGCAGAAGACGCGAUCCAGUAGCCGCCAAAUACCUGAACUAUUGAACGAUUGCACAGGUUACCGUAGCAGCGUUCUACAGCUUAUAUCCUCUCCUUACCGACUCCACAGAGCCACAGUCUCUCUGGACACUCCAAGCACUCAACAGGCGUCAUGGCUUCUUCCCUCCUUGUUUUAUGUUUCUGCCAAGGGUUAUUCUCCGUAAUUACACUCGGAGCCCCUUUGGAGACCAAAAUCAAUGGAAAGCCUGCAGAUGUUGAAGAAACAGACCUUUUGCACCUGAAGCCAUCAAUGGGCCGGUUCCUGGGAAAUCCUGAAAAUUUAGAAAGUUACGAAAAUUCGGUCACGAUACCAAAGUCGCCUGUUGGUGAAUUCAUUCGUAAUGACGAGGAAAUGGAGGUAGAGGAUGAAGAAAGUCUGAAUGAUUUAUUGAAAACCGUUUUGAUUACACUCAGAGAUCACCCUGAUAUCAUCAUGGAUAUUCUUCAAGAGGAAGAUAGGAAAAAUAAAGAUUUCCAACGACCAUCGGCGCAACUUAAUUCGGAGCCAAUGCGUAUUGAAAAGAAAGGAGGCAAUAUGUACAAAGCGAUGGGAUAUCCAAGUGAAGAAUCAAAUUCAUCUCAAGAAAGUCAAGAAGACUCGGAAUCACGUGAUGGGAGCUACUAUAAAAAUAAAUAUGACAAAUCGUCAAAGUCUUCCGAAGAAUCAGACGAGAGCAAAGGCGUAGAUUUAGCUCAAUAUUAUAAACAGAAGUAUGCAAAUUCUAAAGAAGAUGAUAAAUCAAGAAGUUCGUCGUCGUCAUCAUCAUCAUCAUCAUCAUCAGAGGAAAGCAAGCAAUCUGAGCUACCAUUGGACAAACGAGUACCAGAACAACCGGAAGAAACCAUCGACAUCACGUCACUUCCGGAUGAAGGUGACAUAGAUUUGACGAAAAUCAUUUCAGAAGGGGGAUUAGAAGAUCUUCCUGAAUAUAAGGAGAAAUUGAAAUUUCAAAAACCAAGCAACCUUCUAACCUCAGAUGGGACUAUCUUUCUUGGAAAAAUUCCUAAAUCCGGUAAACCUAAUGGAAAAAGCGCUAAACCCAAACCUAGUGCUUUAAAACCUGUCAUUACCGAGGCAGACAUGUCGGAAAGUAAAAUGGAGGAUAACAGAGAAUCCGGCAGUGAGCAUAAAACCGGAGCUAAUGAGAAAACCGAGAAAUCCGCCAGUCAACAAACUCCACAAGACGGGUCUUAACAGUCCUAACAACUCCAAGACUGAGGGGGCACUAUCUCUUCCAUAGACACCUUUGAAGAUCAUCUAUCGUCAUUUGAUUAUGAAGAGUAUUACAGUACCACAAAAUCGUCCCUUUUCUUUGAGGAGCUGUAGAAUGUAGAUAAAAGUCGAGUCGAACACGCAUCUGUGAUACUUCCGUUAUUUUCUGUUCAGAUAUUUGUGUGGACGUACUUAUAUUAAAUUAGAAGUGUAUAACUUUGGACGAUGUGUCUUGAUUUGACCUGUUACCCAGCUUUUGAGUAGUUUCCGGAUUUCGUGUCAAUAUCAAUACUGUCCAGUAUCAGUCUUGACUUGUUCAUAUAUAUUUCACUCACAUGUUACUUUGUAUUUAAAAUCGCAGUCACUCAAUAUCACUCCCAGUGUUCGUCCCUUUCUCGUUGUGAAGACUUCCUGUGAAGACAUGCAUGUACAAUCUUAUUGAGUGUUUUAAAGCAUCAAAGUAGAAACAACGUUCUUAAAUUUCAAUUUACAGACUGUCAAUGCAAUCAGAAUGUACAGCGGCGAAAAGUUUUUUGUUGUUAUCAAUAUUUCAUCUUGUUAUUGUUUUCUGGUGACACUAAAAAGUCCUAAAUGAAAUUGUUGCUAUUUCUUGUUAUUGUGUAAUAAACCAUGUUUAUGAGAAAUCAAUAAAAAAAACCCUGUUCGUUACCAUUA